AUGCGGCUCGUUGGUACAAUCCUCUCAUGCUUCUUCUUGGUGGCAGCCGUCACUGGGCUUCAAAGCGUGGAGCCCUCCGUUUCUCGUGGACGAUUUCUUGGCAGCUCGGUGGCGGCAGCGGCGGGAUUGUUGGUGGGUACUACACCUUAUUCCACCAAGACUAAUGCCGCAGAAGAAAAACUCCUCAACUUGUCCAACGACAAGUUGAAAGAGAUUAUCCAAAAGGAUGUGGUGGAGAAGCAGUACCUCUGCAAUGGCCAGCUCACAAGAUCCGUCUACGAUGAAAGUGCCACCUUUACGGAUGAAAUUGACACCUACCAACUGGAUCAGUGGAUCACGGGCACACAAAAACUGUUUGUAGGAGAAAACUCACAAGUCAGAUUGGUGGGAGACAUCAAUGUCUCGGAUGAAGCUGUGGAGUUUCGAUUCGAUGAAGACUUGCAAUUUCGUAUACCCUUGCGACCCACUGUCGCACUCACGGGAAAAGUCAUUCUCAAAAGAGAUCCUAGUAGUGGUCUCAUCACGUCCUAUCAAGAGUUUUGGGAUCAAGAUGUUUCGACCGUGCUAAAGUCGGCAAAAUUCAAUUUCAAGUUAUAG